GUGGGGAGCUUAGCCUACUCCUCUUUCCUGAACUUCUUACUCGAGAUUUAUUUAGUGUGGAAUUCAGCCAGGACACCUGUACAAGCUCUUCAGCGCCCUGAGAGUUUGUGGCCACCCUCGGAAGGUCUGUCCCUCCGUUACCAUUUCAUAAGUGUAAGCUAAGCGGUAGAGAUGCCAACCAAAAUCCUACAGACUAUAGUGAGCAUUGAGCAGCAUCUCCAAUGGCACGCUGAGCUUGUUAACUGCUCCGCUUUGUACUGGAUUGAGCAGAGCUGCCACUGAUUGCAACUCUUCUCUCUUUUUUACUUCUCAUGGGCAAUAAACAUAAGGCAGUGUAACAGGACUCCUCAGCUGUGACAAGGGACUAAACUCGGGCAGAGGAGCGCAGUUGUUUAGAUGAGGAUAAUAUUUGUAAGUCUCUGUUUAACUCUUCAUUGCAAAGAGUAGCCCGAUGACUUAGAUGGAGACAAACAGUUCAGCACAGCGUCUCCAGAACAGCAUCUCUUUCAUUUGGUUAGGGUAGCAUGUCUUUGGCAACUCUUUCCACAGCAGCCACGCUGUGACAGAAGCCGUGGAAGGCGCGCAGGGCUGGGGUUAAGCAGCUAUGCUUUACGUGGAGCAUCACUGGCCCGGACUUCUCUCAUGUGCAUUAGCUGUGUACUAUCUCUGGAGAUGUGCUCCGGUGACUAACUAGCCACUUCCGUGCUCUCUUUAUUGUGGGCUGACAUGAACACCGCCACGGUGCCUUGAACCAGAUUUUCCAAGGAAAUGGGUCUCACAUCAGAGGGUACCUUGCUCUAUAUCAUGACCCUCAUGCAGUUCAUUAUGGAUCUCUUUGGAUUUAUUCCCAGCAGUCCAGUUGUAAAUGUGGCCGUGGUGUUUGGUGGUUCAUCAUACCAGCAAGAGAUGAGAGGCAGACUAGUCCAAGACAGCUUCCUUAAUUUACCACUGGAUGUAAACCAGGUUAUUGUGGUUGUUAAUGACACCAACCCUGGUACUCUCCUAACUCAGAUAUGUGGUGUCCUUUCAAGUACUCAAUUCCAUGGUGUUGUUUUUGAAGACAGGAUCGGCACAGAGUCUGUAGCUCAAAUAUUGGAUUUCAUCUCUACACAAACCUCAGUACCUAUAAUUGGAAUCAGCGGUGGUUCAGCAGUUGUCCUAACACCUAAGGAACAUGGUUCUAACUUCCUGCAGUUAGGGGCGUCAAUCGAACAGCAAAUCAAUGUCAUUUUCAAGGUACUUGAGGAGUAUGACUGGGGUUCAUUUGCCAUAAUUACCAGCCUUUACCCUGGUUACCAUGAAUUCAUUGACCAUGUUACAUCAUUUAUUGACACCAGUUUCUUUGGCUGGGAACUGCAGGAUACUCUGACCUUUGAGAUGACCCGUGAGGAGAGUACUUCCAAAACACAACGUCUCCUGAGGCAAAUCGAUGCCCAAGUCCUGAUUGUGUACUGUUCCAGUGAGGAGGCAGAGUACCUGUUCGAAGUUGCAGGAGAUGCUGGCUUGAUUGGGCCUGGUUAUGUUUGGAUUAUCCCCAGCCUAGUGGUUGGGAACAUGGAACACCCUCCUGAAUCAUUUCCUGUUGGAUUGAUCAGUGUUAUGACAGACCGGUGGAAAAUGCAUUUGCGGCAGCGUGUUCGUGAUGGGAUUGCUUUGAUUGCUAAAGGAGCAGAGACCUUUCUGCAUGAGCACAGUGAGCUCCCAAGAAUGAAUACUGACUGCAAGGCAUCGCCUGGCCCUCUGGUACUCAACAAUACUUUAUACAGAUACAUGUUGAACAUUUCCUGGGAAGGAAAGGACUUCUCCUUUAAUGAAGAUGGAUACCUCGUUCAUCCUUCUAUGGUAGUGAUCACACUGAACCGAGAUAGGCUCUGGGAAAUGGUUGGGAGGUGGGAGAAAGGACUAAUUCAUAUGAAAUACCCAGUAUGGCCACGAUAUGGAUCUUUUCUGCAACCAAUUUCAGAUAACCGUCAUCUUACUGUAGCCACACUGGAAGAAAGACCUUUUGUCAUUGUAGAGAAUAUUGACCAUGUAACAGGGGGCUGUGUAAGGAAUACUGUACCUUGCAGAAAGCAGAGCAAUCGUACUGACAGCCUGAUUGGAUUUGCUGAUCCCUACACAAAACUGUGCUGUAAGGGGUUUUGCAUUGACAUCCUGAAGAAAUUAGCAAAAACAGUGAAGUUCUCGUAUGACCUCUACCUAGUAACAAAUGGGAAGCAUGGAAAGAAGAUACAAGGAGUUUGGAACGGAAUGAUUGGAGAGGUGUACUAUCAACGUGCAGACAUGGCAAUUGGGUCCCUUACUAUAAAUGAAGAGCGAUCUGAAAUUAUUGACUUCUCUGUACCAUUCGUGGAAACGGGAAUCAGUGUGAUGGUUGCCAGAAGCAAUGGUACUGUCUCACCCUCUGCUUUCUUAGAGCCCUACAGCCCAGCAGUGUGGGUCAUGAUGUUUGUGAUGUGUCUCACCGUUGUAGCAGUUACUGUUUUCAUAUUUGAGUACUUCAGCCCUGUUGGCUACAACAGGACUCUCGCCAAUGGGAAAAAGUCGGGAGGCUCUACUUUCACUAUUGGGAAAUCUAUUUGGCUUCUGUGGGCGCUGGUGUUUAAUAACUCUGUUCCCAUUGAAAAUCCCAAAGGAACCACUAGUAAGAUCAUGGUUCUGAUCUGGGCUUUCUUCGCUGUGAUAUUUCUUGCUAGUUACACAGCCAACCUAGCAGCAUUCAUGAUCCAAGAACAGUAUAUUGACACAGUCUCUGGUCUAAGUGACAAAAAGUUUCAGAAACCACAGGAGCAGUAUCCACCUUUUCGGUUUGGUACUGUACCCAAUGGAAGCACAGAACGCAACAUCAGAAGCAAUUAUCCAGACAUGCAUACACAUAUGGUCAGGUACAACCAACGUUCAGUGGAGGACGCACUGACAAGUCUUAAAACAGGGAAACUGGAUGCCUUUAUUUAUGAUGCAGCUGUACUGAAUUAUAUGGCUGGGAAGGAUGAAGGCUGUAAGCUUGUCACUAUUGGUAGUGGGAAGGUAUUCGCCACAACAGGAUAUGGAAUAGCUCUGCAAAAAGAUUCAAAGUGGAAAAGACCUAUUGACUUGGCCUUACUGCAGUUCCUGGGAGAUGGAGAGACUCAGAAAUUGGAGACUGUGUGGUUGUCUGGAAUUUGUCAGAAUGAAAAGAACGAAGUUAUGAGCAGCAAGCUGGAUAUUGACAAUAUGGCAGGAGUCUUCUAUAUGUUGCUUGUGGCCAUGGGGCUAAGUCUACUUGUUUUUGCAUGGGAGCACCUUCUAUACUGGAAGCUAAGACAUUCACUGAGAAACUCCACCAAACUCGAUUUUCUGCUUGCAAUCAGCAGAGGCAUUUAUAGCUGUUUUAAUGGUGUGCAAGAUAUGAACAGUCCAGUUCGUGUCAAAAACCCAGAUGUCACAGCAAACUAUGCUCAAGCAAAUGUACUAAAAAUGCUACGAACAGCAAAAGACCUUGUCUCAAAUGCUAGUGUUGAAAAUUCCAUAGAGACAGCAACAAGGACAAUUGAAAACUGGACACGCAGAAGUGAAAGUAUGAGAGGCAAUUUUUCUGUCCGAGCCUCUCAAGUCCUCUCUAAUACUUCCAACAGGCCUCCCUACCUGCCUAACAUUAUAGACCCUAAUGUCACUUAUACACCUAGGACAACUAGUCCACUGUUAUCUCCUCAAACAUAUGCUGAUAAUGUACAACCUGAUUAUGAUGUAGAAAGAGGAUUAGACCAGGUUCCUCAUCCCCAUCAAGCUGACUGCAGUGAAGAUGAUGUUGGCCACACUCCUCCAAUUUCAACAAUUACACAGAUUCCUCAAAUAAUGAUACAUAGCCCUACUUUCAAACAGAUGCCUUAUAACAGACACUCAUAUGCAAAGAGUCACUGCAGCCAUGCUGAGUCACCUUUUAUGUGCUACAGAGAGCUGUCCUUACCUGAUAUAUAUGGGGAGCAUAAAAGUCAAAGUACACAGAAUAUAUGCUCCCCAGUACAAGUCAGAAAAGAAAAAGUGCAAGAAUAUCCUAUGAAGACAUUUGAAAUAGGUAAUGGAUCACAAAGGGUUACUCCAAACAGAACAUAUUCAGAAUUACAUAGGAGGCACCCUCUGGACAAUUACAUUGUACAGAAAUCACGCAUGAAUUGUCACUUGCAGAAAGAUAAUACGACCUGCAACUCCUGCAUUAAGGUACUUACAGAACCUGAAUCAGAGGCAAUACCACUACUAGGGCAAGAAAGUUUCAACAGAAGAGAUCCCAUAUUAAGAAAUCCAUGGGUGUCAAGUGAGAAGCUAAGAAUGUCAGAGGAUACAAAGCCCAGCAUACAACCAACAUUAAGCCGAAUGCCAGACCUUUUUCCCAGUACAAGUUCAGUUCAUCAGCAAGUACCUGUGGUAUAUCAUGGGCACAGAAACUAUGAGUGUUACCCUUCUCCUGUCAGAGAUGCAAGUUAUGCAUGUAGAGAUCAGUAUAUAGACUUGCAUAUAAACCAUCCAUAUCGUAAGCCACGAUGGCUGAAACACUCACAGUCUGCAAAGCUGCCUUCAUAUGGUGAUGCAUGUUUUCGCAAUACAGGAGCCCUACGUCGUUCCUCAACAGUUGUUAAUCGAUAUCCGUACACUGACUCAUACUCUAAUAUGCCAUUUUGUUUUGACCAAUCAUGUUCCAGGUUACCACAAUUCUACAGAGACACUGGUAAGAUGCAUGAUAACCUUCUGUUUGGUGGCCUAUGUCCAAGAACUGGCAGCUUGCUAGUGAAAGACAGUAACAGAAGACCUCUGUAUACAGAAAGUUUCCCAGGAAGAUAUGGCAGUCAGAGAAGUAAUGAAUAUGGGCUUCAUCCAGCAAUGACUAGAGAUAGAAGGCAGCUGUUAGAAGACAGAAGAUUAAAUAGCCCCUGUAUAACUAAAACAUGGAGAAGAAUAUCAAGUCUGGAGUCAGAGGUUUAAAGAACUAGGGCUCUGACUCCAGUGAUCCAAGCCCUAGCUCCUUCCUUAAUUACAACUCUACAUUCCAGUCCAGAUCUCAGAAGCACAGACUCCAGACUAACAACAGCUUAAGCACUAGCCAGACAACAAGAAACAUCUUACAGCAUCUCCUCAACAGUCUCAUUGUUUUCACAAUUUUAUAUACAUUUGUCACAGAGAAACUUGGACUCCCAGCUGCUAAACAUAGUAUAAUGUAAAUCCCAAUGAAUUCCAUUUUACAUUAUUAACUUAUAGGGUUUGGCAGAAUAACUGUGCUGUCAUACUGUUUCCUUACCUCCUUUCUCUACAACUAAAGUUAUUCAUCAUCAUUAUUUAUAGCUAAGUGGACUUUAUAUUUGAUGAUCUUUUGAGUAAAGACAUGUGAUACUGCCAAUACUAAACUGUGAAUUUUCCCACAAGGUAUUAUUCAAGGAGUCUCUUCUUUUUAGUAGUGUGGCCUUUGCCAUGGAGUAGCAUUCCAUUUCUGUUUUAGAUUAGUUAACAGAUGACCCUAAUAUUUUGGUCUGUGAUUAAUCUGAUUGUUCCCAGAUAUUGUUUUAUACCUGAAUGGCAUUAGAAGUGUUUCAGAUAACUAUCAACUUGCAAUUAUUAAUAUAUCUAAGGUGAAAUUUGUGAUUUCAUCAAAAAGUCUUCCAAGUACAGUAUUAAUCUCAUAUUUUUUGUAAAAUGUGUGUGUUGAGGGCUGUUAAUAUUUAACCACUACUAUGACUUCUUUAAAAUUAAACUGUCAGAGGUACUCGGGGUAUCUACUGAUGCAGAAAAGCAAUUAAAUAUGAUGGAGUCGUAUUAGAGUUUUUGUCCUGAGGACAUCUUGGCUGUAAUACUAUUGCCUCACAUUUUAGAGUACUGGAAAUAAAAUAAAAUACAUUAAUGGAA